AUGAAAGACUUAUCAAAUUAUAGUAGUAAAAAGAAGAAGUCGAAAAAGAAGAGCAAUUUAGUUGUAGAUGAGGCCAAGAUAGAGGAUGGCGGAGAGUUCAUUGAUAAGAUAUCAGUAGUUGAAAAGGCAAAAGUCAAAACCAUCGAUAAAGUGCAGAAACCACAAGUUGGAGAUGCCAACCCAUCGCAAACUGUUUAUAGAGAUUUGACAGGAAGAAUCAUAGAUAUAAAUAAAGUUAAAGUCCCAGAGAAGAACAAGGUGGUUAUUAAUAUAGAAUCAGAGAUUCAAGCCCCUAAAAGUUUCACUGUUUCGGAAAAAGAUGAAGAGUAUCAGAAAUAUCGUAAGAAUACCAAUCUAAUUGAUGAUCCUUUGAGAUCAAACAAUACAACAAGACCACUUGAUUAUAAUAAAGGAGUCAACCUACCCAAUAGGUUUGGUAUUAAGGCGGGAAUACUCUGGGAUGGAAUAGAUAGAAGCAAUGGCUUUGAAAUAUUAGCAUUAAGAUCUCAAAAUGAGACUAAACUGAAGAAGAAAGUGGUAGAAGAUUAUGAACUAGAUUACGAUAUAUGA